UAGUGUGCGCACACCCAGGAGGCUCUGAAAUUAUGAUUACCUAAUUCGUAAUUGCUUAAAAGUUUACAUUACAUUACAAAGUAAAUGUAAUUAAAAUUAAAUAAGUACAGUACAUGUGCCUUAAUUACAAGCGAUUGCACAAAUGGUGCUAUUGCAGUAAAUAUUAUUACCUCAGAGAUAGCAAAGGUUAACAAAACCAUGCAUUCGACUUCUGAAUCCCCUAACGGGGCUAAACGGCUGAUUCAUGCAGUCUUUCGAUGUUGGCCCUUUUCUCGGAUAAUAAUUGCAGCAGAAAUGCGCGGAACAAUUCUUUUUUCUCGUUGUGCUGUUGCUGUAUAUUAUUUUCCUGUGUGUGGGCAGCAAGACACCGGAGCGAGGCAUGCAGUUUAAUGCGCAAAAUUACGACUGUCGCUGCAGUCACAUCUCCAACCACAACCUUCAGCGAUGCAGAUCUUAACCUGGACGACAUCAUCCAGCGGUCGGGGGAUACCCGGGAAGAUGAUAGAAUCAGUCUGAAAUUCCCUGAACAUGAUAAGAGAGCUACCAGCAAAAGUUCUGCAACGGAAGAGCACAUUUAUCGACCAAGAACUGGCGCAAAUCUAAUUUUAACUUGCGAAGCGUCCAUAGGCGGUGCAAAGGACAUCUCCUGGACCCAUCAGGGUAUACCCAUAUUCCAUAAAGGCCAACGUCUCGUCGAUGACGGAACCAAUAAUCAGUUUUAUAACGCCACCCACUGGGGCCGAGUGGCGAUCUUAGGUAUUCUAAAUGUAUCGUUGCAAUCAGGCGGCGAAGUCGUCUGCGUAGAAGAAUCGGCGGAUUUGGGCUUUAAGAGGGUUGUUCCGCUCAAACGGUUUACUGUUCAUGUAAAGGUCACUCGCGCUAACGAAAUCUUUUCGCGGAACAUGAAGGAGGUAUCCGUGAACGAAGGCGAAUUUUUCAACGUCACGUGUCAUGUUCGGCUUCCUCUGCCGCAGAGUACGGUGAAGAAUAUCCGCAAUUCAGUAAUGUGGCGUCUGAAUGGCGAAACCCGAUGGGCUCCCUCCGAAGAACCCUACGGGACAUAUUAUGCACGCAAGAGGCCGUAUAUUGCGCCUUUAACGGAACAGCUUUACCGCAGCAAUAGCACUGAUGUCCAAACGGAGUUUGUUGCCGUCAUGCUCUUCAACUUUUUGACGGCGACCGAGAGUGGAACUAUCGAAUGUUGGUUCCGGCCGGAUGGCGUCAGUCACGAAUGGAUAAUGCAGUCCAUUCGGUUGAUUGUAAAAGCUGGGAGAAGCCAGAAUCUUUAAAUGCAUCCAUCUUUUGUGCUACACGUACCCGUAUUCCAUUUUUCUGUGGAUAUGGCAGUACAACUACGACAGUGUCGAGCUUUUGAUAUUCAAUAUUUUUUCCUACUGGUGAGAACUGAGAAGCUCUGCUUUUUUGCGGUAAACUCGUGUAGUAUAGCUCUGGUCAACUGCGCAAUACCUUCAUCGCCUUUUUUCUCCUGAUAAGUUCUUUUUCGGUAGGUUAGCGAUUUGCUCUGAUAAUGAGCUAUACGUGUUAAUUAUACGAAUAGGAUAUGGUAUGUUUUGUUUUUCAAACUUUUUGUGAGUAGUUUUGCGAUAACUUUUAGAGCACUAACAAUUUAUAAUGAUCAUAUAAAGCCGGUUUG